GAUGCACGGACCAAUCAGAAACAAACAUCAGCGGGGACACCAACAUGACUCAUUUUAACUCCCCAGAAGAAAUAAAAUUAUAAAGUGAGGUUAUACCUAUUUAUUUACGUUUCUUGCAAGCAAACGGGUGUAAAAAAGCACAAAAACACAUUUCCACAUCAAUCGUAACAACUUAAGACGCAAUGGACGCAGAAGACACGGAAGCCCCAAAAGACGAAAAGAAGGAGUCGCCGUUCAAAAAACCAAUGCUAGUGGGUAAAAUCGGAAAGUUGCCCAAGAAACUGAAAACUCCGGCGCCCCCUUUGACGAUUCCUGAGCCCGUGGAAGCCCCCCCUGAUAUCACCAUAGUGGAACCAGACACCCCAAAGCCACCAGAAAACAGAUCGUUGCCCUAUGAAGAGCCCCCGUGGUCCGCAUUACCACAGGCGUCUCACGAAUAUAAUUUAGAAGUUUUAAAAAGUGGCGCCAUUAUAGAGACUAUAAAUGUAAUGGAAAAAGCAUUUUGGGUGUUCGGACGUUUAACCAAUUGCGAUGUUUGUAUGCAACACCCAACGAUAUCAAGGUACCAUGCGGUGUUACAAUACCGGAAAGCCGAAACUGCUGAUAAAACAGGUUUCUACAUUUAUGAUUUAGAGAGCACACAUGGUACGUUUUUGAACAAGAGGCGGAUUAAACCCAGGAGUUACGUCAGAAUGAACGUUGGCCACAUGCUAAAACUCGGCUGCAGCACCCGCACCUACAUUCUCACCGGCCCCGACGAAGACACCGAAGAAGAAUCCCCACUAACAGUCACCGAACUAAAACAAAAACGAGAGCAAGAACUGCUGCAGCGCCAACUCGACAAAGCAAAAGAAGAAGAACGACGAAAAAGAGACGAAGACAGAGGAAUCGACUGGGGAUUGGGCGAAGACGCCGACGAGGAGACCGACUUGACCGAAAACCCCUUCGCCCAAACCAACAACGAAGACCUCUACCUCGAGAACCCGAAGAAGGCGUUGCGCGGUUUCUUCGAGAGGGAGGGGUUGGAGCUCGAGUACGACUGCACGGAGCAGGGGAUUGGUCAGUUCGUUUGUAAGGUGGAGCUUCCGGUGGACGACGAAGUGGGGCGACCGAUCUUCGCGGAGGUGUUUCACAAGGGGAAGAAGAAAGAGGCGGUGAUUCAGUGUGCGUUGGAGGCGUGCCGAAUUCUGGAUAGGCACGGAUUGCUGCGGCAAGCCACUCAUGAGUCGAAGAAGCGGAAGCCGAAGAAUUGGGAAGAAAACGACUUUUAUGACAGCGACGACGACACGUUUCUGGAUCGGACUGGAACUGUAGAAAAGAAGAGGGAGAAGAGGAUGAGUGCGAAAGUGCCGCAAAAGGCGGAGACUUACGAGAGUUUGAUGGAAAAAGAGAAGAGUAUAAGUUCGGGGAUCAGGAAACUCGAAGCGGAGAUUGCCGAUUCGCAACGAAAGUUAGCUUCUUUGGAUGCGUCGUCUUCUGCUGAAGUCGAUCCUCUGGAUUCGUUCAUGAUGGAGCUGAAGCAGUCCAAACCGAGCAAACAAACCGUGAAUAAACUUAAAGCCGAUCUGGUGAAGCUUAAGCAAGAACAUGCCAAUGUUAUUAAGUUGGUGAAUAUUGCAAGGCCUGCGUCUUUACCGCCUCUGGUGGCUGAAUACGCAACUACCAGUGUUAAGAGUCUCCAGGUGGAAAAUAAGGCAUUACCGGUGUUCGGCAAACGCAAGAAAAUUAAAGUUCAAUUGUCUGUCAAUAAACAAAGCGUGGAAGAACAGCACGCAAACAACGAAGACGAGGAAGAAGAAGAAGAAGAAGAGGAAGAAGUAGAGACUAAAAAAGAAACACUGCCGACGAAAAUGGUAACGCAAGAGGAAAAAGAAGCUCGCGAGACGAAAGACGAAACUGAAGCCAUCGCGAAGCGACGAAGGAAGAAUCAAAGGAGGAUACAACAGAAGCAAGAGCGGGCUGAAAGUGAGAAAAGAAAAGGCUACGAGGAAGAUGCCAGUAAAGAAGACUACAACAUGUGGGUGCCCCCUACUGGUCAAACGGGCGACGGAAGAACAGCCCUGAACGAAAAAUAUGGAUACUAACUCAAAAAUAAACCCUUUUAUUAAAUUUAAAAAACUUUAUUGAUAAAACGUGAAAAGUUGAACACAAUCAGACGCUCAAACACAGCCACUUACCACGAAAAAAGGUACAUUGGUACUUUGUACUUAUCAAACCCUAUCUCUAAAAACCAUAGCCGUUUUCCCUUUCGGGGCUAAAAUAAACUCGUACUGGAUCUCGAGCUCCUUUUGAGCCACAAACUCAAAACUACUGACGGUGUGCUGGAGCAGUACCGGCAAAAUGUGCUCGAUGAGUCGUUUUCCAGGGCACACUCUGCGACCGACGCCGAACGGAAUCAACAAAAACGGAGCGUUGUGAUUGGUUUCUUCCCCCAGCCACCGUUCUGGCUUAAAAGUGGCUGCGUCUUUGAAAUUUCGUUCGUCGCGGCAGGCGAUGCCGAAAUGACAGACGACGGGAGUCCCGGCCGGCACCCGAUACCCCCCGAGCUCCAUUUCUUCAUCUAGAAUCCGAGCUAGACAGUUGGCAGUGGGGCACAGCCGGAAACACUCAGUCAUGCAAGCCUUGGAGUAUCUCGGGUCAUCCAUGAUCCUCCUCUGCAAGUCCGAAUCCCUCCCCACCAAAUACAACAAAAACAACAAACUAUUCUUCAGGGUGUGAAUCCCCGCCGACAUAAAAUCUAUAAUAGCAGCAGUCUUCUCUUUCUCGUCGAGAUCAGCCUUGAGGAUGGCUUGAAAGACCUCACUGUCUUUGGUACUGUCAUUCGCGGACUUGAUGAGUUCCAUCGCCAGGUCGUAGAUGGCCUCUUCGCUCUUGACCAGCCGGUUGUAGCACGAGGUCGGUAAAACCCUCCAGAACGGGAUCCCGUAGUGGGUGUCUCUGGUGGCGAUGAAGUGCUGGCGCACGGCCUCGGCCAGGUUUCUACCCACGUCGGAUUCGCCGCCCGGCAGCAGGAAGCCCAUUCGGCGGCCGAGGAUCAAAGCGCACGUGAUUUCGAGGCCUAGGCGGUCGGCGAUGUCGUCUAGGUUGGAGACCAGGCCGGAGCUGUCGCGGGAUUGCUUGAGCAGGUUGCACCAGUCGUCGGCGAUCUCGCGCACGGACGGCAGGAAGGAGGAGAUGGUUUUGGGGCUGGUGAAGACGGGGGUGAGGGUGGUGCGGAGGUGGUGCCAGGCUUCGCCUGAAAAAACAGUAGUUUUACGCACAAAAAUAAUUAUUCGAUGUGAGGGUUUUAGUAAACUUCCACGUUUUAAUUGUGUUUUUGUCAUAAACAUGCACUGUCUGACGAGACUCAAGAAAAUAAACAUCACCUCAACA